AUGCUCAUGGCGCACCAGCUCGGGGUGCCCUCAUCUGAUCCUGUCGCUAUCAUUUCUGCAGCUCAGGCACACAAAGACCAAAUAGACUGGGCUCGCAUAGGAAAUAGCUGCAACAUUCAGAAACAACUAGCUCGCAAGCAUUUCAACGAGGUUAUCAAGCCGCGAUAUGAGAGCUCUGGCUCGAUCAUGGACAUCACCGACAGAUCAGAGUUCACCAUGUUUAUUGCGUCUCUCCUUUCUAGCCGAUGCUAUCCAUCUGCAGAGGUUCUAGCCAAAUUCGCUCCCACCAGCGGUCGUAAGUAUAGCCGAGUUAUACUUCGCAGGGCAUUCCAUAACAUCAAGAAGUGUCGGAUGCUGAAAGAUUGUUAUACUAAUCUUGGGUAUACCUUUAACGAUCUUCUACUCCAGAGUUCACAGAUCUGCGAGCAAGAGCAAUUCAAAAUUAUAACUCCGUCGGACGACGUUCUCCAGCCAAGUCUCUUUGCUGGAACCAGCAAUAAAUACACAGGGGCUGACACAGACCAGCAAGACCAAACCUGUCUUCUGCAGCGGAGAGACCUCCCGCUACCUACAGGCCCCAGAGCUGCUAGCUCUUCCAGUUCUUCGAGCCUUCUGAUGCCGAAGCUCUCCUUGAAUUAUCCCAAGUUUAUGUCAAGUAGCUUACCAAGUCUAUCAACAAAAGCUACGUACUCUGGCUCACUUUCUUCCAAAAAUCCCUCACAAAGCUUUACAGUGUUAGCCAACCUUUCCGAUUCUCCUCUUCCUCAGUAUAGUAUAGAUUCGUCCUACAAUGUUAUGAGGUCUAUCCCCAUAGCUCCCCUGCCCCAGCCCCAGUCGCAGCAUCCCCUGACAGCUGAUGGGCAACAAUACUGGGUGCCCAACCCUGCACAAGCGCAUGGCAGUGUGUCUUCCAAUCUGCUAUCGCGUGGUGUCCCUGGUCUAGCCACAACUUCUAGUCUGGAGCUGGGCCUGGAGCAAGAUCCCGAUUAUAUCGUCACCAAAACGGAUAGAACACCUGUAUAUGGUGAAGUCCAUGGCAACACAAUGCCUAUCUUUGGUGACUCUGGAGGGUACUAUAGCUCCACCUUUUCCUCUUGGGAGUCUAAUGAUCAACCAGCUGCCAUAUCGUCGGCUCCUUCUCCGUUCAGCUCUCACUCCGCGUUGCCCUGCAUGCCAGCUCAGGCAGCCUGGACCAAGCCACCACCAAUCCCGGUCACUCCCAACCAAGUUGUAGAUCAUUUUCGUGCCGCUAGCGUUUACUCGGCAUCGGCAUCAGCGUCCAGUUCUGCGUCAGUAUGCAGUCUGGACUUUCCUGUUCAUCCUGCCUCGUUAUUGGCCUCGGGUACUAGAACCCCCACCCAGGAAGAGAUGGCAUGCGGCACACAAUGGACUGCUUCAUCUGGAGACAAUGGGGAAGGUGGCGUUAAAAGCGAGCAGAUGUUCUAUUCGCAAUUUACGCAGCAAAACUAUACAGAGCUGUCCUCUGUCUCCUCGGAUAUCUUCUCGAACCUCCCCUUUGUCAAAUUCGAUACCUCUGAAGGUAUUCCAGAAGACAAGGAAGCGUGUUCGAGUGCAGGCAUAGUAGUUAAUGAUCCUUUUAGCUUAAACGAAGAUCCCACUCCAUCCUACUUGUCCGGUUCCCGCGCAAGGACCAAGCUCUAG